AUGAACGGUGAUCUUCGUAUCUCUCUCUUGAACAAUGUUGAAUCAUGUUAUUCCUCUCCGAUCAAGACGGCACCGCGAGCCAACUCUCCAUCUACGAUGAACUCCUUCCAUUCCGAAUAUGUCUUCUAUUCAAACUCUCACUCCCAAGAUCAAGAUUCGCCAUCGUCUUUGAAGCUCUAUCCAAAUGAUUUCUCCACGUCUUGCGCUUCUGCAGAAAAUGAUGUUGAUAUCGAAUCUUGCUGCCUAAUGAGUAUGAAGAUGCAGAUUGUGAAAGGCUAUUCAAGUUGGAAGAUGAAAAUGAGAAUUUAUGGUAGAGGUUGCAGAGAAUUUGAGGGAGAGAUUGCAGAGAGAUUGGAGGAUGAAGAAAGGUUGCUGGUGGAUGAAGGUCCAUUUAUUGUAGAUCUUGAAUGGGCAGCAGGCUUGUAG